AUGCAUUGCGCCAAUUACCGACCAUUGUGCUGUUGCUCAAAGACGGCAAACACCAUUUGGCGCAGAACGUUUUCCUCUAACCGCAAGAUACUGGAGCACGACGUUCUUUUCCUUCGACAGCAAGGCCGCAAAUAUCCAAAAUGGCACUUGACAGCACCCCUUCGCGCUGACAGUCAUGUCAAGCUCUCAUAUGGCGCUUCAAUUCCCGCCGCAGACUUGAUUGGGAAGAACAUUCUCGAUGCUGUACAUGACAACAAGGGUCACCGCGUCGUGCUCCAGGAACCAACCCUUUCGAGCUACAUUGUCCAUAGCGAGCGACAUGCGACGCCAAUCUACCCCCACGAUGCAAACACGAUUGUUGCCUUGCUGGAUUUAAAUCCGUCGCGACCAGGAGAGGAUGAAGAGGGCGAAGACGAAACACCACCAUUCGAGAUAUUCGAAGCUGGCACGGGAAUGGGCAGCCUGACACUUCAUAUUGCUCGGGCUAUCCAUGCGGCCAAUCCGCCGCUGCCUUCAACCCUACGUCGUGCAAUUUGCGAGGCCAAGUUUCGACCACAGAGCAACCCGUCUUUGACACGGGUUGAUCUUGAACAGGAAGCCGAGACAGCGUUGAAUGACUACCGAGCAUCACGGCGAGCCAUUCUCCAUACAUUGGAUCAGAGACCGAAACAUACGCAUGCUGCCUACAAGCUCAUUCGUAACUUUCGACGAGCGCAGUACCUACCUUCAAUAGACUUUCACGUUGGCAGUGUCGAAGAACAUCUAUCGGGUCGACUGGCCGAAUCGGGCGGAAAACCCUUUUUAUCCCGCGCGGUCCUGGAUCUCCCAUCAGCACACGAGAAUGCACAGCGUGUGAUUGAAUCGUUGUUGCCAAAUGGAAUUCUCAUUCUGUUCAAGCCAUCCAUUAGCCAAAUCGCCGAGUUUCAAAGGUGGUUUGCUGAAACAAGCCAACCACUCCGAUUGGAAAAAGUUCUCGAACUGCCCGUUUCUACUACCUCUGAUGGCGUUCACGACGCUGGCGGUGGUAGGCACUGGGACGUGAAGAUGGUGGUACCCAAGGCAUCGCAGGGCGAGGAUAGGAAGCCUGUCCAGGUUAUGCGCCCCAAAGUCGGUGACCGCAUUGCAGGCGGAGGAUUUGUCGCUGUCUUGCGCAAAUGGCCUGUUGAUCAGCAACCGGCCGAGCAGGAAGUAGAGACGGAACAGGACGAGAGGGAAAAUGAACAAAGAGUCCAGUGA